CCAAGAAAAGAAAAAUAGAAGAAACUUCACAUGAAGAAGUGAGAGAGCACCUCACACGUCAAGCCCUUGUUGAGUCCCAUAAUCAGAAACCCAGGAUUUCCUUCAUCCUUGACAAUGCUGCCAUCAGAAAAGCUUUCAUUAAAAAGAGGUGGGUAGUUGCGAAUGGGAUUGACGAUGAAGAAGCUCUUCUACGACAGAAUAAAAAUCCCAAUGAUUACAUGUCUCAGAUUGCACACGUGGCUCUAAAAGCAAUUCUAGAUAGCCCACUUAACAAGUAUGGCUUGAUAGGGGCUAUUUAUGUGAAAAUUGCAGAUGGAGCGCUAUUUGAAGUUAAACCACACGUUCGAAUUCCAAGAACGUUGCCUCGCUUUAGUGGCCUCAUGUUGGAGUUACUCCAGAAGUCUCGCAUACGUACAAAUGACACGAAUGAAACUUUGAUGAGUGUUAUUCAGGAACCCGUCACUCGACAUUUACCUGCCAAUUCUCGUAUAAUAGGCAUUUCAAGGAAUUCUCGCAAGUUAGUAGAUAUGUUGGACUAUGUUAAUGCUGCAAGAGAGGACGUGCACCUUGUUUUUGUGGUUGGAAUUUCAACAAGCAAGGAAAUUAACCAGCAGCAAUUAGAUGAUACUAUAUCAGUUACAGAUUUGCCAGUUGACGCCACAGCUUCCAUCGAUCUGAUAUGUGGUGCAUGUGAAGAAAGAUGGAAGUGCUUCUGAUGUUGCUUGCAAACUUAUCAUUUAGUUAAUAGUUAUUGGUUUAUGCAUUUGAGUAAAUUAAUGGUCCGUACUCUGUUAUAACAAUAUGCCAACAACAGACUUCACAGUCACUACAGAAGAAUAUGAGGUUAAGCAUUAUGCUUUUAGUUAUUCCUAUAUAAAAUAGGCGGAGCAUAGACAGACUUGAGAGUUGAAGGUAAUAUGUGGGGGUACUAUUGUCUUAUUUUUAUCAAUAGUUGAGCAGUUGAAACAUUCUGAUGAGCAUAUUGAUCAAUUAGCAUGCUUUUCUCCGUCA